CUCCCUGCUUAAGCCCUCCCUCCGCCUCUCAUGUGUCUACAUUUUCAUCCCAUGGCCGUCUCUAGGUGAUUUAGCGCCGCCAGUCUCAAGCAGGUGUCCAACAUGGCGAUCACGGGGAGCGGAUCUCUCGCUAUUUCUCUCUCGGCUUUCGUGAUUUUAGCGGCGUUUCUUCUGAAAGGAGCUGCUGAAACCGUGACAGUCGAAGGUCAGAACCUGGCGACCGACAAUGUGUCGGUGAUCGAGGGGGAAACGGCCACCAUCAGCUGCAGAGUGAAGAACAACGACGACUCCGUCAUCCAGCUGCUCAAUCCCAACAGACAGACCAUCUACUUCAAAGACGUCAGACAAGGGCUCAGCCACCUCCGUGUUUGCUUGUCACAUCGGAGGCGAAAGACUGUCAAACUCUGGCAGCUUGAGUGUAAUUUGGCCGCUGCUGCAUGUGAAGUGUUCCUCGUAAAUGGAUCUAGUGAACCCCAUGGCAGCACUAUUGCAGACUCUGUUCCUAAAAGACUGCUGGUUGUGUGGGGACCCCCCUCAGACAGUGGCAUUGUUGCCUGUCAACAGGGCCGCUCGACACAGUGGCAGAUCUUUGUCUACAGCUUAAAGGACACCCGGGUUCCAGUGGUGAAUUUCUCACAACGAAUGCGGGGUCUCUGCCCAAUUGUCACCUCCGUGGGGGAGCCUAGGGUGCCACUCUACACAAUCCUCCUCGGAAGUCGCAGACUCACUGUCCUGGUCCCGCCAGGCAACCCAAUCAUCGAGAGCCGCGAGGAUGUGGUCAGCGAGGGGAACGAGACGGAGCUCACCUGCACAGCCAUGGGCAGCAAGCCAGCUGCCUCCAUCAGAUGGAUGAAAGGGGAGGAAGAACUGACAGGGGAGACAACCGUUGAAGAGAUGUACGACAGGAUGUUUACUGUCACCAGCCAAGUAAGAUUUUCUGUCACUAAAGAGGAUGAUGGAGUGCCAGUGGACUGCAUCAUUGACCACCCUGCUGUAAAGGACCUCCUGGCUCAAAGACACUUGGAAGUGCAAUAUAAACCAGAAGUGAAGAUUGUGGUGACAUAUCCUGAUGGUUUAACCAGAGAGGGUGACAAUCUAGAUUUGACAUGUAUCGCAGAAGGAAAACCACGUCCCCACCAGAUCAACUGGCUGAGAGUAGAUGAGGAUGUGCCGCCUCACGCCGUGGUCACCGGCUCUGAUCUGUACAUCGAGAACCUCAACAAGUCCUACAACGGCACCUAUCGCUGCGUGGCAUCCAAUACUGUGGGAGAGGCCUACGACGACUACCUCCUUUAUGUAUAUGAUGCUCCCACUACUAUCCCCACACCCACCACCAACCCCGUCAACACGCAAGACUCGAGAGCCAGCGAUGGAGCACCGGCCAAAAUUGACCAUGCAGUCAUUGGAGGUGUGGUUGCCGUGGUGAUGUUUGCCAUCCUCUGUGCACUCAUUGUGCUUGGUCGAUACUUUGCCAGACACAAAGGAACUUACUUCACACACGAAGCCAAAGGGGCGGACGACGCAGCCGACGCAGACACGGCCAUCAUCAAUGCGGAGGGCGGACACAACAACACAGACGAGAAGAAGGAGUACUAUAUCUAAACUGGACAGGCCAGGAGAGACGGGUGGGGAUGCUGAUGGAGGUGGUGCUGAAGGAGCAUUAUGUCUAACUCGGAUUGGUCACGAGAAGGCUUGGGGGCGGGGAGGGCGAGAUUUAAAGAGAAGAAAGUUGAAAGUAGGACUGGCAUGGCCAAGUGGUAAGAAGCGGUGUUACUGAGUCUCCUAUCCGACCCUUUCUGGACUGCCGGGGCCUAUUCUGUACAGUUCAGUUAUUUUACAGACAAUUUUGUGCCUUGUUCUAUUUCUUUUCUUGAUUUUGUUGUUCCCCCCCCCCCCCCCCCCACUUCACAUGCUUCUUGGAUUGUUUUUUUUUCCUUCAAUGUACUCCCCCUGAUCCUUUGUUGCAUUUGGCUUUCGGGGAUUAAAUGGGCCUGGUGUUUGUCUAUGUGUGCUGCAGGUAGCUUUUAGCUCAUGUACCCAGAUCUAAAGGAGCCAGCUCAUACACACUUUCUUUUUUUGUCGUUGUUGAGUAAUCUCCAGACUUCAGUAACCGGAACACAGUGUCAAUACAUUUCCCCCUGCUGGGUCCAACGGCCUCUUCGAAAUCCAAAUCACGGAUUUUCUGCGCAGAUUUCGCUCAACCCCCUUCUUUUGAGGUCAGGUUUACUGUGUUGAUUACUAAUGUAAACAGUUGUGGGCAAUCAUGCUCAUCGUAUAACGUAUUUGUUCCUGAAAGUGAAGUACGAGUGCUGUUACAGUAAGUCCCAUCAAAGACAUCAUCAAACAAAAAACCGAAAAGUACAACUGGAAAAACCUGACAAUUAGUAGACGUGAGGUCAGUUUAGUAUUUCUUUAGGGGUAUUGUGGAGUCCUAACAGCUGUCUUACAGUGUGUGCCAUGAUAUAGAAUCUGAAUUUCUUUUUUUCAAACUCUGUAUCAGUUUUUUUUUCCUGCUGAUUAAUAGGACAGCAGGAAAUAGAGGAAAACAUUUACCGUCAUCUGCUUUCUUUUGUUUUUUGUUGUUGUCGUUCGCUAAACAACUGGUUCUGAAAAAUCUUAAAAUAGGAAAAGUUUGACAUUUUAGGAAAUACUCUUAUUUGCUUUCUUGGCCUGUGUGAGCGAGGAGAAUCAAUGCCACUUUCAUGUCUGAGAGAGGCAUUGAUCCUUCCCGCAAUCUUCUAAUCUAACACUAGAGAAAGCAAAUAAGUGAAUUCCCCAAAAUGUCGAACUACUCCUUUAAAAAAAAACAUUGUCUCCUUCUAGAGUGAUUUUGGUAGCUAUUUUUGUCAAAAUUACUUUUCUUUUUAUCCUUUUGAUGGUUGGACCAAAAACAUGGCUAAAAUGUCUAAUAAGUACAGAGCCAAAAGAUUAUCUGCUGGUAGACAUUAUGUGGGUUUUAGGGUCAGACUGUACUUUGAGUAUAUAGGAAAUACACUCUGUUGUACCUACAAGAGCAACCCUUCCUCUGCAUUGAUCAUAGAAACCUAUUUAAAAUGUAUAAUUUGUCGGAUAUUGAUCCAGCCUGCUGUGUGUUUUUGGUUUAAAACAUACACAUUCUUCACAUUUUGAUACCAACCACACGGUCAACCCUGGACCAAAUAUAAUAACUAGCAAGUGUGUGCAUAGUAUAUACAGUGAAUAUUACUUGUAUACAGCGAAGGCUGAAAGUCCACUGUGCAGAGUGCUCCUCUCUAAAUAAUUAUUUUUUUCAUCUGCUAAUUCGUACAUUGACCAUUUAAUGGGAAAUGUCUCCAAAGCCUUGGUUUAUUUUAUUUGUCAAGGUUUCAUUUUUUUGAUUUGAUUGUACUGUGUUAAAAAGGGAAGUAACAUUGUAAUACUUCAAUAGCAAAGUUUCCUUUCAGUGAUGUAUAAGUUGUCAAACUAUGUACACAUGAAUACGCGUAGCAAGUGGUUUUCCUGGCCUUAAAAAUCCUUGCUAUACAAAACGUUCUUGCCCUUGCCCAUACUCAUAGUAUAAAAAGACAUUCAAUCACUGCAAACAUGAUUCAGUUAUAUAUCCUUGCUGUCUGUAAAGACAUUUUACCUUUGGGCAGUCUUUGAUAACUUGUAAGGACUCUUGUCCUCACAAGUUAUCAAAGAUGUGCAUAGAGCUUUAGACUUGGUUUGGGAAAGAUCCUUUCUUACCGCCAUCCUGCAGCCUCAAACCUUCACACAGCAGCCGUCUACUGUUACAAAUUACCCCCCCCACUCACACUAUCACAAAUCAUAGGAUCCUGUGCCCGCAGACAGAGACGCAGUGUGCACACCAUGCAUGCUUUAUGCCUCUGAGUCGGUCACAGCUAGAAGAGUAAAAUCCUGUUCGGUAAUUAGUGAGUGAUUUCAUUGCAUUGCCUGAAUUAGAAAAAGAAAAGAAAAAAAUGUAUAUGUAAUAUGAAAAAAGGAUAACCACUGCCUUAAACCCACCUCUUGAUACUUAUCAUUAUAUAUUAUAGGAGAAGACUGAAGGACUUAAUUUAGUGCCUUCUUUGAUUUUGAGGCAUAUGGUUAGUAUCGUACAGUAUCCUCGUGUACACUCUUACAGUCUAUAUUGUAUAUUUCUGUCCUUUCUAACUUGCAGGGCCAACGCUCAUCCAGGUCUGUCUGUAUUCACGCCCCAUAGACUUGCAUCAGGACUACGACCUGGAGCAUAAAAAAAGAUGAAAUGCGUAUAAAAACACAGUAUUUCUUUGUUUAUCAGGGUGGUUUGGCAGCUUCCACUGACUAGAAUGUCGUAUGCCAGGACGUAGUAUUUAUUGUCGUAAUUUGUGAUCGCAAAACAAUUUCAAUUUGGUCAUAAUUAUUUUCUCUGCUUCACUUCGUUUGUUAUUUAUUUGGAUAUCGUCAAGGACAAGGCUCGCUAGUAAUGUCACAGAGGAAUGAAGUACUAGAAGCUGUAAUAUGCUUCAAUAAAAAGGAUAUUUUUUCCGGAUUUUAGAGUUGUGGUGUCAUGGAAACAGUUAGGCUAUGUGCAUGAAUUAUUUCAUUUUGAGGUUUGAUAUUUAUCUUCAAUGGUUCUAAAAAAACGACUUGCGUUUAAUCGAGGAACAGAUUGUCGGAAGCAUCAUUCUAAUCCAAUUGUGUUCAUUUGUUUUACAUAUUUGAUAUUUAGUACAGUAUGUUUGUUUUCACUCUCUCAGGUUCACGAGUGUUAAUAGUUGUGUUUUUUUGCAUCUCAGGUAGAAUGCAAAUGAAAGGCCCCGAGUAUAUACUGUAGUACCACAGCUAUUCAAACAGUGAAGAAAUCACAAGAUGUACAUGUUUUUUUGUCAUUUGUACAUGUUUAUGUGUUCUUAAUAUGGUGCACUGUUACAGUAAACGUAUUACUUUGCAUAGACCUAGUUCACAAAGAAACUAGAUUUGUUAAGCAGACCAACAUGAUGUACAGUCAGUGUCAAAUUCACGAUGACAUUCAUGAAACUUCUUCUUCUACCACCUUAACACUUUGCUCAUACAGUAUCGGUUAUUUAGUAAUUUAGUAACAGUCAAUCAAUGCUUGCAUUCACUCAAUCCAUGCAUACAUUUUCAUAGAUGAAAAGAUGAUGUAUUUACUGUGACAUAACAGGUUUAUGAAUGAUCUGUAACAUGUCUUGGAUAUUUGGAUGAAACUCAUGUUUAAAGCCUGGGGGGGGGGAAUGGUUUGGUUGUUUUAUUACUCCCCCCAAAAUAGCUUUUAAAAUUUCUCUUGUUACCCGGUUGAUUUUUUUUUUCCUUCUUUCUUUUGUGCAGUGAAGAGGAUGUUUUUCAUUUGACCAUGCAUAUUUUGUAUUGGUUCACACCAACAUUUUUACAAAAGAUUAAAAAAAACAAAUUCAGAAGAGUACUUGUCUUAAUAAAAAAGAUAUCAAUGUU